AUGACAACCUCACAAGCCUUGCACAAUCACCUGGUGUCACUAUCACGAAAGAAGGCCCAUCCACGAAAGCACGGCGGGAAGAAGCCUGCUCGAGUGGUGGAUUUGGUCAAGGUAGUGUUGAGAUGCGCACCCACUUCGAAGCACCACAGUACCACCGUGCGACCAGCAACGGAGGAAAGUACACCUACACCAUCGCAUCAAGAUUCAUUUUACCCUCAACUUCAUCAACAAUUGACCCAAGAAAUCCAAGAGAUUCAAGAAAAACGAGUGCAAGUACGACAAAGACAGGUGGAAUUUUGGGGACUCUACAAGUACGCUUUGGAAAAGGUCUCCAAUCUGAGUGAUUUGAGAGAUGCCCCAGACGCCAUUUUACCAGGAAACUUCCCAGACGCACCCAAAAAGAUCAAGCCAAGCAGCAGCAAAUCGGAGGAUAAGCCUGCGGCAGAAGAGACUAAUAUUUGA